UUUGUCCGCAGAAAUGUGGUGCCGGUGGCGCCGAUCGUAUGAUAAAUCGCAUGUGUAUACACGCGACGGCGUGAGUUUCUGAAUACGGCCACGGGUUAGGGGAGACCGCGCGCAGUACUCGCCGAAGGACAGGGUGACGGGCGAAAUUCGCAGGUAUACAUCGCGUGAAAGACGCCUGAAACGCGACGCCGACGUGCGAGCACGCGUGGUCCUUAAAUUUUCAUUCAUCCGAGCGACAAUGACAAUGUGCUAACCAUCCUAACGAUUCGGAAGCCAUGGCGAACAUCGCGGCGCAGCGAAUCAAACGAGAAUUUAAAGAGGUUAUAAAGAGCGAGGAGAUAGCAAAAUGUGCGAUUAAAGUUGAAUUGGUCAACGAUAGUUUUACCGAAUUAAAGGGUGAGAUUGCUGGUCCACCAGACACACCAUAUGAAGGGGGUAAUUUUGUGCUUGAAAUUAAAGUUCCAGAGACAUAUCCAUUCAAUCCUCCUAAAGUACGUUUCAUAACAAAAAUAUGGCAUCCUAAUAUAUCUUCCGUCACUGGUGCCAUUUGUUUGGAUAUUUUAAAAGAUCAAUGGGCUGCUGCAAUGACUUUGCGUACGGUACUGCUGUCGUUACAAGCGUUAUUGUCUGCAGCGGAGCCGGAUGAUCCUCAAGAUGCUGUAGUUGCUAAGCAAUAUAAAGACCAUCCCGAAAUGUUUCGUCAAACUGCCACACAUUGGACAUUUGUAUAUGCUGGAGGACCGGCAAAAAUGCCUGAUUUAGAUGACAAGAUAAGAAGAUUAACAGAUAUGGGAAUCGAGGAACAUAAUGCAAGAGUUGCUUUGUCUUCAUAUAAUUGGGACUUGGAACGCGCCACUGAGCACUGCCUCUUCAGUUAGUGAUAACUAUAUAGCUAAUCUGUCACAUCCAAGUAUCACUCAUUUUGUCACUAAAAAUUUCCUUGUAAUAAUAUCAUGCUCGGAUAUUGAUAUCAUUAAUAAUUUUAAAAUUAAAAUUUCACUUUAAAUGACAAUAUCUGAAUGAUAAAGAAGUUAUCAGAAAAGUUAUUCACACACAAUAUCUACCAAUAGUCAUUUAUUUAAUUUGUAACAUAGGAAUGAGAGAGAAAUAAUUAAUAAAAAAUCCACUAGUAUUCAUCAAUUAGAUAAAUUUCAAACAUUUUGUGAACAAUGUAUUGUUUUAUAAUCAUUUAUUGAAAUUAUUGUUUAAACAGCAAAAUUUCUUUAAUGUUAAUACGAUGUAAAAUUCAAGUUAACGUAUUUUUAGUUGCGUGCUUUCUUUCUAUGCGUAAUUGUUCAAUAUGUAAUAAAUUUGAUAUAAAAAAACCAUGUUAUAUCUGUUAGUAUUGCAUACUAAAAUUUUUAUGGUUUUCUCAGCUUUUGAAAUCCUAUAUUAUAUUACAAAUUUUAAAAUUAUAUUAGCAACACACACACACGCACAUCACACAGAGGGUUUUUGGUACAAUCUGAUAUCAGAUUCAUGACGCUGAACAUAUUUCAAUCAUUUUAAUUGUGUAGUUAGAUGUUUUAAUUGCCAUUUCUAUAAUUUACAAUAUCUAUGCUUUAUGUCAGUGAUGCACAAAUUUUACUGAUAAAUUGCAUAUUUACAUUUACAAUCUUAAUGCAGAAUAUAUAUAACAAAAAUCCAUAUAUUU